UAAAAAUAUAAAAUAAAAAAGAGAAGUAAAGAAAAAGAACGUCUUUUUGUUAUUAACUAGAAAAGAAUUAUUGAAUUUUUCCCAAUUUAGCAAUUAAAAUAAUUUAAAGACAAAAUUACAAUAAACAGACAAUUAAUAUGAGUUCAAAAGACAAAGACAAUCGACUUAAUAAAGUCCGUCAAUUUUUUCGUUCGGUUGGCCGAAGUACCGGUGGAAAUGCAAAAGAAGAACGUGACUUAAGACCAGCUCUGGAAUCGGAGCUACGUCCAGAAACACCUGUAGCCCAAAGAUGCAAGACCCUCAAGGAGCUGGGCGAAGAUUUACGAUCGGAGAAUUUAGAUGAGUCAUCUGUAACAAAACUCUGGGAUCUAACCAAGGAUCUGAUUGUCGAUAACAAAUCCACCGAACAUCGUCAGACAACUUUGACUUUCUACAAAAUUCUUAUUCAAACUCAAUAUCGAAAAUUGACACUGAUGCGAGAGCACUUCUUCUUGGUUAUUCAAAACCACGAAGUUCCCGAGGAUCUAAAACAUCGUCUUGAGUUGCUAAUCGCUUUGACUGAAAACGGAAAGGACAUCACUCAUUUUGAGGAAAAGAUUGGAAAAUUCAUGCUCCAAUGGCUACCCCAAAUCGCCAAUGGACUUCUGCUCUGCCAAUAUCUUGAUAUGCUGGUAAAUUUAAUUAAAUUCAAUGCAGCGCAUCUAGAUAAUGAAAUUGUUGUCGGAAUUGUACAAAAUGCAUGCCAGCUAAGCUGUACCGUUUCGGAUGAUGCUAUUGGACUACAAUGUUUAAAUAUUCUCGAACUUGUUCUAUGUUAUACAAUAUUUCCUAACGAAACAUUGGCGCUAUGUGUGAUGACUUUGUGUCGGACUGUUAAUCAUAUUCCUUAUUGUCAAACAUCAUGGAAGAAUAUGAAAAAACUGCUCGGAACAAAUCUGGGCUACUCGUCGUUGCUGAUCAUGUUCAACAUUCUGAAUGACAAAACCUACUACAAUGACCCCAAUUUGCUACGUGGAGCAGUCUUCCACAUUAACAUGGGUAUUUUUGGAUCGACUCAUGCUUUUGUCUUCUCUCCCAUCUUCUCGACAACAUCAUCAGUCUUGAUGAGCUUUUUACAUGCUCUUGAAAGUAAAAAACUAAUCGUGACCUAUGAAGUGAUCUUGAGUAUUCGAAAAGUCGUUACCAAAUACGGUGAAGACCUUCCUGAGAGGAUUUGGGAUAUAAUCUGUGAGAUUUUAUCAGCAAUUGCAGAUAAUAUAGUUUAUUAUGAAAAAGAAGGUCUUCGCAAAGACUUCACGUUGCAAGAGAAUUUCCACGAAACCAUCGAUGCCAUCGAAGAACUGAUGCAUGCUGACAAACUGCAAGCCAACAAAGAUCUCAUUUACGACCUUAUUGAACGUGUUUCCGAGAGCCGACCCGAAAGCUCAGUACUCAAUCUAAUUGACUACCGAUCGAAAAAGAUCUCUGCGACGAAGCCGGAAUGGUUGACUCUAUUAAAUGACUUUGUUUGUCGAUUCUAUCGCAUUCCGAAUACAAAUAUUCGAGUGAAAACAAUUCAUUCGUUGAUGCAAAUCAUGGACGCCAGUCGAGCUAGCUACGAGGAGGAGAUUCUUCAGCGUGUGGUGAUUCCUCAAUUUGGGAAUAUUGCUAGUGAACCGGAUCUAAUGAUAAGAGUUGUUGUUUGUAAAGCUCUGGUUCAGUUUGCCACGGAUUGUGAAACGAAGAGAUGUGCCGAGCUCAUUGAUAUCAUGGAAAAGGUCCUGAAUCGACCAUUCGAACAGUAUGCUUUGGAUGAGAGCACCUGCAAGUCGGAGGGGGAAAUCCAAGAUGUUUCGACAGUGGUCGAGGGGUUGAUUAGGAUUUUCGUUGUGAAGCUUUAUCAUCAGCCAUCGAGUCAUGCCAUAAAGGUGUUCAACAUUCUUAUGGGUCACCUCGAGCAGCACUAUCAAAAGCCUAAGGUUUUUGAGCAUGUUAGCUUGGUGAGGAGCAAAAUCUUCUCUUGGAUGUUGAAGGCACGGGCGAAUGCUUCCUAUUACAUAGGCUAUCCUGAUCAUGAGUGUGGAACAAUUCGAUUUAGCCCAUACCUGGGGAUUGAGUCCAAUCUCCAACAUGCAGUUAGCGGACAUUCAAUUCAGGCUGGGCAAGAACAUUCGACUGUGAAUUGCACUAAAUUCUCGAUUCGUAGGGCCUGCAAGAUCAUCGUGAAAUGUAUUGCUGAAGACAAAGAUUACAGCAUUUUCCAGUUGGUUGUCAAAGAAUUGCCUCAAAUCCUACAGAACAAAGCCCUUAUCUUGGGCAAUGACAUGGAAGCACUGGGCUUGGCUCUUUGCAACGUCCUGCCCGAUCCCAAAUCUCCUCCACGAAGUUUUCACACAGCAAAGCCAUCUCUGGACGAAUGCAAUGCAUUGAUUCUACCAGCGAUUGCCAGUUUAGUCAUCUACCACCAGUAUCUAUCGUCGGAUUUGAAGCUUCGCAUGAUUGAAGCCGUCAAAGUGGUGAUCCGUUCGAAUGCUAAUGCUCACAUUUGCAUCAACACUCUUUCGAUUAUGAUCCUCGAAAUGCCCGAAACGCUCUCGCGUCAAUUGGCCGAAGUGCUCCUCGAAAUAAGCAAGAUGUCUCGCACAGCUAGUGUGGCCAUUCCGGUUCUGGAAUUUCUUUCAAUCCUAAGUCGUCUGCCGAACGACUUGUUUGCCAACUUUGUGCCCCGACACUACAUGUACGUGUUUGCGGUUUCGCUCAGUUACACCAAGCCCCAUCCGUAUGACCAUUACACAGUUUCACUGGCGCAUCAUGUCAUGACAGGGUGGUUGCUCAAGUGCAAGAUGAACAUGCGGAAGAACUUUGUAAUGUACAUUAUUUCGGGUCUUCAAACGGAUGCCAAUGUCCCGGUAAAGGACCAUACCAUCCGAAAUGAGGAUUCCUCGAGUCGUCAACGCAGCACGAGCUUGACUGAGCGUGUGAGCCGCAAUCGUGACAGUGCCUUCGAUAUGAGUGACAACUUGAAGAGCAUUCAAGCUGAAUUAGCCGAGACGGUUAUAGACUUUUUGGCAAGGCACACAUUCUCCCCGUGCUCCACGCUUCCGAAGAGAUUACCAGCGAUUGAAUGCAUGCUUAAGGAUGGACCUUCCCAGACCUGGCUAGUGGGACACAAUCUCGUAACGAUCACAACCAACGGGUGUCCCUCUGCGCCAAAAGCCAAUGGACUGUGUGAUCGCUGUUCAUUGCUGAUGAACAAGAGUAAUUCACCCUACGCGAAGAGCGAGGUCACAGGCACGCCGAGUUCCUUUGUUGGAGGCCCCGUUUCGCCGGAAAUUCUCACCACAACCGGGCCAGCAGUGGAGACAUCCAAUGAUGUCCAGCCACCGAAUCGUCGGUAUACCAAGGCAAGCUUGCAAUACAGUAGUGGAACUGAAUCGGGUACUUCUACGGAUUUGACUUCGACGUCGACAUCCUCUUCGUCACAGCACCAGACUCAUCGACAGACUUCAAAUAGUUCUUCUGCAUCCCUUGAGGCGCUCUCCAGACGGGGAUCUAAUCCUGAACCUGAAAAUCGCAUAGAAUCCUCGUCGGUCCUUGGGAAUUCCCUAAAUCAACUGAGCCACGCAAGUAGCGGCACGAUGUCUUCUCAGCAGCCGACUUGCGCCCGAUCUUGCACUGGAUGGGCGGAAAUCUAUAUCCGCCGUCCAACAGGCAACAUCUCCUGGAUAAUGCACAUUCAAAAUCCGAUAGCCAAUGACUGCCUUGGAACUGAUUUGCCUUUAAGCGAUUUGACUUCACUCUUCCUACCGACAAUGCACGGCGGAGUCUUUGGGCCAGAUUUUGUGGAGGAGGCUAAAUUGCUGUCACCAGCGCCUCCGAUUCCAACACUUUCUCCACGUGAGCCUUAUGACCAAGAGCGUCCACGUCGUUUGGACGCUGCCAAGCUGGCUGUUGCAAGGGUUCGUGCUUUGCAGCGGCAGGAAGAGGUUACGUCAGCGGUUUCCGCCGCAAGUGGUCCCAUUGACAUACCGAAGUCUUCCAAGCGCGGAAAGGAUCCGUCGGGAAGUCUGAGCGACGGAGAGGCUGAUGAAGAAGGAGCCGCAUUUGAAGACGGCCGCAGUAGGGCACGAAACCCAGUCCGAAGGGUAAACUCCAGUCCUGAGAUGAGCUCGAGCUUGAGGAAACCUACAGGAAAAGACUUUAAUAUUUCUGGACAAAUGGCCGGCAAUCAGCUGGAUCAAGAAGAGGCCUCUAAAAAGAAAGUCGUCGUUGGAGGUGGAUACUCGAAGGACAUCCGAGUAAGCUGUGAGGCGAUUCCCGAAGAGAUCGCAGGGUCAACUCCUCCCAGUCAAGCUGAUUCCCUGAAAGACGAAAAAGACGAUCCAGCGAAAAAGAAACCGGAAAGCAGUGGUUUGGGAGGUAAAGAGCCCAGCCUUCCACCGAAACAACACUCUGCCGACGAUGUAACCAAUCAAAUGUCCACGAACCCAGUUACUGGUUCAGCUUCAGCGACCAACCUCAAGAUUCCCCUCGAUCUACAAAAACUGAACACAUCUGCGAAACAGUCUGCAGCACCACUGUCUCCGAGACUACUGGCCAAGAAUGCAGCCAUCAAAGUGGCUUCGUUCUCGUCAAACGUGGGAGGAGGAGCAGGUGGCGGCUUGGGUGAUUAUGGCAACAAUAAUAUGGACAUGAUUCGAGGACGUUCCAAGACUAUUUCUGUUGUCCGUGAAGUCAACGGAAAGAGUCGAACUCCGUUGGCGCUUCCCUCUUUCGGUGCCGCCGCUAAGGCUUCAAUGAACUCCAAACUCGGCAUCAGUCCAAGUUUUGUUUUCCUCCAGCUUUUCCAUAACGGCCAACUGCAGUCCUCCGAUCCGCCUCUCAAAGUUGGUUCGGACAAUAUGGCCACCAUAACGUUGCUCGAUCUAAUUCCACCUUUCGAAACGCACAAAUUCGGCGUUCUGUAUGUUGGCCCCGGCCAGUGCAACAACGAAGUGGGCAUUCUCAGGAAUCGCUACGGCAGUGUGAGGUAUGUCGAAUUCUUAAGGAGCAUAGGAACGCUGGUCAGUCUCAAGGACGCCAAAGAGAAUAAUCUCUUCGUCAACAUGGACACAAACGGUUCAGAUGGAAAUUUCACAUACAUCUGGAAGGAUGAUGUCGUUCAAAUAACAUUCCAUGUAGCCACUUUGAUGCCAAAUCAUGAAAACGAUCCCAAUUGCAAUGAGAAAAAGAAACACAUUGGUAACGAUUACGUCAGCAUUGUCUACAAUGAGAGUGGAGAGGAAUACAAUUUAAAUACCAUUAAGGGCCAAUUUAAUUAUGCCUGCGUUGUGGUGCAACCUCUGGAACUUAAUAUGAAUCGAGUGUUUGUCAAGGCUCGCCAUGAGAUUGCCAAGUUUGUUUGCCAUCCAGAACCUAAAAUUGUUUCCGAUCGAAGUGCGCCAUUGCUAGCUCGUCAACUCGCCCUGCAUGCUAAUCUGGCUUCACAUGUUUACCAAAGUAUGAAGACUAAAAAUCCAUACGCAUCGAAUUGGCUUGAACGACUUAGGAAGAUUAAAAAUCUUCGCACAAAGCUUUUGAAUGAAACUAAGCAAAAACGUGACGCAGGCAAGGACGAACACUCGUCUUGGUGGUGAGAUAAAUAGCUUAACAAACAAGUUUCAACACAUAAGAUGUGCUUAUUUCUUUUUGUUUUGAUUGCUUCAGUGUUUUAAUUUUAUAAAUUAAUUAUUAAAUAAGAUUCUUGCAUGCCUUUGUUUUAGAGAUAUUCGAAAAAAUAAAAAUUAAAAUAAAGUUA